GGGCGGGUCAGAGGCGGCCGCACCAUGAAGCCGGCGGCGCGUUGUGUUUAUGGAGCGUUGCUGCUGUUCCUAACCGCCUUCAGCUCGUCGUCUGCCUCUGCUACUUCUAACACAACUGUGCAUCUAUCCACUGAAUCUCCAAACUAUACAGCUCCUGCACAAACAACCAGCAAAACAGAAAUCGCUGUAACAACUGUGCUUCCAACUGGUAGAACAGCAACCACCAAAUCUAGGAGUAGCACGGAAACUACUACCACAGCAGCUUCUGCUAAUAGUACAAGUACUGAUAUUUCUACGACUGCCUUGUCCAUUGUUUCACAUUUUGAUAUUGGAAGCUUUGCAGGCGGUACUGUGUUGGCUUUGGCUGUCAUAGCUGUUUUCUACCUUGGACGAAGAUUUUGCAUUUCCAGAAGUGGCACUCGGUACAGAACAAUUGAAGAAACUGAGGCAAUAAUCUAAGCAUCAAAUAUGAAAACUCCAAGGGAUAGCAUUGCUUUUUCCAUGAAUUGGAAUCUAUGAUUGCAAGAUUUGUCUUUUCAUUAAAAUAUCUGUUCAGAUUUUUGCAUAUUAAAUUACUGUCUUUUUCCAUAAAAGUUUCUACCCAAGAGCAUUGUUGCAUUGGAUUAAUGUUUUUAGAUUUCAAAACAUGAGAUAUAAUUUUAAAAUCUGCAAGUGCCUCUUAAGCUUAACUAGUUAUCUAGUGACCAGGUGUCAGACUUUGAAGCUGUAGUCAUGACUAUGAAAGAACAAAGUAUGGAUUGCCCUGGAUAUGAUCUAAUUGGUGCAAAGACAACCACCUUGUUUCCCUUCAAGCUUUAGGUUUUCUCAUUUGGCUGAAAUGUCCAAAACCAAAGCUUUAGUUUUGUUUUAUUCAAGGCCAUUGUCUCUAAUGUUCACUCUAUAUAUAGCAAUCAGAAUGUCAACAGAACUUUGUGCAGAGAGAAACUCUAUCUAAGUUGUACCUGCACAUUAAUAAAUUACUUCUGUUUUAUGACUGUUGAUUUUACUGCAUAAGAUUUUUAAUAACAUUCCUUUGAUAUUUUACUGGUCAUGUCUACACUUAAAAUAUAUUGAAGGAUUUCUUGUGAAAGACACCAGUUAUAAUUUCUAGUUUCUCAACUAUGUUUUACUGGGUUUUUGUUUGUUUCAUUGCUUAAAAAUUAAUUUUAACUUGUUUAAAAAUAAUGUUGUUUUCUGUACUGAUUCUUUAUAAGGCAGAUGGGUGUUAAACUAUUUCCACUGUUUCAAAAUAAAGGCUUUUUUUUAAACUAUCAACUAUGCAGCAUGUAAAGCAUCCUCUUUGAGCUCUUUUGAGCAAGUAUGUUAUUAGAAAUUAUAAUAAUUUAAAUAUCUUCUGUGUAAGCUGCCUUCUCUGUUUCUUGCCCUGUUGAAGUUGCAAAAUUGCAUUAGUUAGAACCUGUAUAGAACUUGUUAAAAUUUAUUUUAGUAAUGUAUAUUCCUAAUGACUUGAUUCUAUCCAUUUUGAAUCAGAUUACUCUUACAAAAAAAAGGAUUAUCUACAAAUUGGGAUGAACGUACAUAAAUAUGAAUGGAUAAUGUCAUAUAUUUUGCAGUUUCAAGACAGUAAACAUUUUAGACCAGACUUUUGCUGCGUUGUACGAACACUGAACUUGGAUUUACGUAUUUUUACUCAGCUGCUUCUAAAAGCAGGUGUUGUUGCCACAAGGAAUAAACAGAUUUAUGUUAACGCCUUGUGUGAGCUGAGGUGCUAUAAUCACUAUCAGCAAGCAACCUCAAAGUAUUAUACAAUCAAAGCACUUUUACAAAAUUGACUGCUGUAGUUGUGAAAAUAAUUAAAAAGUUUUAUUGAUCCUU